AUGGACUAUGCGCAUGCGGCCCACGCAGCAGAAACAGGCUACGACUCACGAGGCACCCAUGGAGCGAGUGCGAGGCCAGACGACUCAGCCCCGAACAGCAGAUCGGUAAGACGUGUGGCGGCAGCGGCAGCAGACAGCAGUCGGUCGAGGGCCGGGAAGCGUGUGCGUGUGUCUGGCUCGCACGUUGACGUGUGGGCAGAUGGAUACAGACCGACAUGGCUAGAUGGACAUGUACGCAAGUGCGUACGUGCAUGCAGGCCAGCCAAAGACAAGCAGCAGCAGCAGGGCGGUAGGGCUGCGAGGAGGUUGCCCGUGGUGGGUGGGUUGGAACUGCUGGUCAGCAUCUGUGCGCAGCGACCGCUUCCGCUACCCGCGUUGCAGGCUAAGCUUGCCAGUGUCCAGGGCCACGCUUCGUUGCGACUACUGGGCAAGCCCUAUGCACGCAAGAGGGCCGGCGUGAGCUUCACGCUUCACGCUUCUGGAAAAGCCAGAAACCACGCCUACGACUAA